CCUAUACCAUACGUCUCUCCAUCUCCCAAUUUCUUGCUGUCUUUUGUCUUUAUCUCCAACUCUAACCUCCCAUUCAUUACUUCAUCCCAAAAUCAUCCGUUUGCUCUCAUCUGAAAUUACAUUUUUUACAAUCUAAUAUAUCAUGGAGGAUCAGACUGGCGCUAAUGACAACAUUGUUGAAACUAAAGAUGGAACUGUCUCAGUUGCUUCAGCUUUCGCUGCCCACCAGCAAGUUGUACAAGAUAGGGAUCACAUAUUUUUGACAAAAGCUGUUGAAGAAGCAUACAAAGGAGUAGAUUGUGGAGAUGGAGGUCCAUUUGGUGCAGUUAUUGUUAAGAAUGAUGAGAUUGUUGUGAGUUGUCAUAAUAUGGUUUUAAAACACACUGAUCCAACUGCACAUGCAGAAGUGACAGCAGUAAGAGAGGCUUGCAAAAAGCUCAACCAAAUUGAGCUCUCUGACUGUGAGAUAUAUGCCUCUUGUGAACCCUGUCCUAUGUGCUUUGGUGCCAUUCAUCUUUCAAGAAUCAAGAGGUUAGUGUAUGGUGCAAAAGCUGAAGCAGCAAUUGCAAUUGGGUUUGAUGAUUUCAUUGCCGAUGCAUUAAGAGGUACUGGGUUUUAUCAAAAAGCUAGCUUGGAAAUCAAAAAAGCUGAUGGUAAUGGAGCUGUUAUUGCUGAACAAGUAUUUGAAAACACCAAAGCCAAGUUCUCUAUGUAUUGAUCUGAUAUCUAACUCAAAGAUCUGGAACUAUUUCUCCAUUGAAUUAUAUCAUUCAUAACUGAUUUCUAACUUAUCUGCAUCAAAUGAUGCUAUGCUGAUAUGAAUGUCUUCUUUAUGAAUUGAUUUGAAAUACGAUAGUUUUAUCCAUGCUA